GCGCGGGGUCCGCGCGCUCCGGCCAUGCCGCGUUCCCGCCGCGCCGCGCGCCGCGGCACCGGCAGCGCCCGAGCGAGUUCACCCGGCAGCGAGGAAGAGGCCGGCAGCGAGGUGCUGAGCCACUGCAGCAGCGCCAGCGAGAGCGCCAGCCCCGCAGACGAGGGACCAGGGAGCGAGGCGGCGAGUGAGCAAGGCCAGGAGGAGGAGGUAGAGGAUAGGCUGAAAGAGCACAUGGACAACCUCCUGGAUAAGAGCGCCAAGGCGCGGCAGGCGGCACUGCAGAGCCUGCGCCUGGCCCUGUCCUCCAAAACGCUGUCCGAGUUCCUGCUGGAGCGCCGCCUCACGCUCACCGACUCCCUGGAGAAGUGUCUCAAGAAAGGUAAAGGGGAGGAACAGGCGCUGGCCGGCACCGUCCUCACCCUCCUGUGCCUCCAGAUGGGCUCUGGCCCGGAGGGAGAAGAGCUGUUCCGCAGCCUGAAGCCCCUUCUCAUCAGCGUCCUGACAGACAGCACAGCCAGCCCCAGUGCCCGGCAGAGCUGUGCCACAGCCCUGGGCAUGUGCUGCUACAUUGCUGCUGCUGACCUCGAGGACCUGAUUUCAUGCCUGUCCUGCUUGGAGGGCAUCUUCAGCACCCCCAGCACAGGCGAAGGGGGCUCAGCACCCACUCAGCACGGGCCUCUACACUGCAGCGCGCUCCAGUCGUGGUCCCUGCUCCUCACCAUCUGCCCCCCCUCCCACCUCAGGAGCAUUUUGGACAAUCGCUGGCUGCAGCUGCCCCCACUGCUGACCAGCAGCAGCGUUGCCCUGCGCAUCCUGGCCGGGGAAACCAUCGCACUGCUCUUYGAGCUGGCCCAGGACCUGGAGGAGGACUUGUGCCACCAAGAUACAGGGUUCCUGUGUGCCCAACUCAAGGUCCUGGCUACCGAGAGCAACAAGUACCGAGCCAAGACAGACAGACGGAAGCAGCGAUCCAUCUUCCGGGAUAUCCUGCGUUUCAUCGAGAGUGGGGAGUACCAGGAGGAGACCAUCCGAUUUGGCCUGGAGUCCAUGUACCUGGACAGCUGGGCACGCCAGCGCACCUACCAAGCCUUUAAGGAGGUGCUGGGCUCCGGCAUCCGCCACCACCUCCAGAACAAUGAGCUGCUACGGGAGAUCUUCGGCCUUGGGCCCCCCUUGGUGCUGGAUGCGGCUGCUCUGAAAGCCAGCAAGGUCUCCCGUUUCGAGAAGCACCUCUACAACUCGGCUGCCUUCAAAGCCCGCACGAAAGCACGGAGCCGUGUGCGGGACAAGCGGGCGGAUGUGCUGUGACAGGCACAAGGGGGCAGAGCCCCCAGCCAACCUGGACUGCAGACCCAGCACUGUGAGGGGCAGGUGUCCCCGGCCCUCGGGCUUUUAUUCAUGUACAGCAGAGUAUUUAAUGCCUGGAGCUGCCCCACCAGGGGCUGCCCCCUCCUUUAUUUUUUUAACCAAAAAAUAGGAAGGAUUAAAGACAAGCAGGGGGAGGUGGUGGCGUGCUGCCGUGUGCCUGCUCUGUGGCUGGGAAUCCAUAUGGCACAGUGGGAGGGGGUCUCACCCAAGCUGCUGCUGCCCCUUUCAGGGGCAGGGCUGGURUACCCCCUCCCAGUCCUGCAGGGGCACCAGGAUGGUCUGGCACAACCUGAAGGGUGGGUGGGAGAGCUGAGCCGUGCAGGGUGUCUCUGCAGCCGUCCUGGUGUCUCUGCCUGUGACAGGAGAGCUCUSCCCGCUGCCAUGCUGGGUACAGCCCCUGCCUCCACAGCCAGCCUGGCACCAGGAAUGGUGGCAGAGCGGUGUGGAGUGGCAAGCUGUAGCUGCCCACUCUCCGCCCUUUUCCAGCCAAAUGCUUUAUAUGAAAUAGUAAUCUUGUGGGAAAUUAAUUACGAGGGUGGGGCACUGUCCAGGCGGGCAUGAGGCRAUGCCAGUUGGCAGUGCCUGCCACCCUGGGAAUGUAUCUAUCAUGGUGAUUUUCUAAGACUUUGAUUGUAAGAGGUAAUUAAAGGCUAACUGAAGUAUGCCUUCUGCCUUGUU